AUGCGUGAGCCUGCAGGACCUGAGAAAAAAGUAAUUCUUCAGGAGGUUAUAAAAUUGGAUCUAAGCACAGUGGAAGUGAAGCUGCUUCCUCUUCUUCUGAUGGUCUCUGCAGUGCCAAUUGAUAGAAUAUUUCUUCUCAGAUCACCUGAAGCUAAGAAGCGACAAGCUUUUCCCAAUGGCCCUCCUGCAAAGAAGGCAAAGAAAGACGCUUCAUCCAGUUCUGAGAGCUCCAGUGAAGAUGAGGAACCCCCACCUAGAAAAACCAGUAAGCCGGUCCCUGUACCCAAAGUGCCUGUAAAGGCAGCACCUGACAAUUCAGAGAGCAGCAGUGAUGACUCCAGUGAUUCUUCAGACUCUGAGGAAGAAAAGAAAAAGCCAGUGAAGAAGGGAGCAGAUCUCAAAGGAAAGAAGACAUCCAUCGUAAAAACAAAGCCCCAGAAGAAGCCUUCUAGUUCAGAUUCAAGUAGCUCAGAAGAUGAAGCACCAAAGAAGCAGUUGCCAAAAUCAACAGCAGCUAAAAAGGCAGCACAGCCACCAUCUAAGUCAGAAAUGGGUGCAAAAGUUACCAAGGUGACGUCUAAAAUCACUAAUGGUAAAGCAGAGAGUAGCAGUAGCGAUGACAGCAGCAGUAGUAGUUGCAGUUCUCGUACAGAAAAGAAGACACCUGCGAAGAAUAAACCAGUGAACACGCCACAGUCCAAAUCUGAAGUUGCUCGAGUGCCUGUGGCAAAAGGCAAAACUGUGAAGAAAGGUAGCAGCAGCAGUAGCAGUGAAGAGUCUUCUGACAGUUCUGAGGAUGAAAAGCAACUCUCAAAGCCCAAGACUGGUCAGUACAGUGCUGUUCCACCCCCUGCAUCCAUGGAGUCGAAAAACAGCAAAGCACAAGCUCUUGCUUCUAAAAGCAAGUUGGAGAAAAGUGACAAAAAGAAGCAGAUGUCCAGCAAGAAAACAACAGCUAAAGAACCUGUAGCUAAACAACAACAUACUCCCAAAUCGGUUCCUCUUCCUACUCAAAAAGAAGAGGAUAGUUCAGAGAGUGAUUCAGAUUCUUCUUCUGAAGAAGACAAGAAGGAAGCAGUAAAGCUUUCUGUCAAAUCUGUUGCAGCAAAAAAUACUGCUAAACCAGCUAAAUCAAAGCGUGAGAGCAGCUCCUCUGAUACUUCAGAUUCAGACAGUUCUGAGAAUGAAGUUCUGGUGAAGUCUGCAGACAAAAAAACAGCAAAAAAGGUUCCUGUGGUGACAGUGGCAGAAAAAGCUGAUGGCAGCACUGAUAAUAAGAAAGUUUCCAAAAAAGGACUUGGUGCAAAGACUACCAAACCAGGCUCCAAAUCCAGUAUGCCUGCCUCCAAAGCAAGCAGUUCAGACUCAAGCAGCAGCACAAGUAGUGAUGAAGAAGAGAAAAGGCCAGCCCCGAAGCCAAGCACCAAGUUGGCAGGAGGGAGCAAUGUGAAAGCAGGAAAGCAAGCACCACCUGAAAGCAGCAGCUCUUCUGAUAGCUCCAGUGAUGAAGAACCUAAAAAGACAGAAACAGGAAUGAAAAAGAAAGUAAAGGUUAGCUGCAGUACAUCUGAGAAAAAGAAAUCAAAGACUUCAUCCAGCCCUGAGGGCAAAAUAUCAGCAUUAAAGAAUCAAAAAUCUGAAGUGGCUAGUGAUUCAGAGUCCAGCAGUUCUAGUGAAGAAGCUGUGAACAAAGGUCUACCCAAGAAGAAGCGGAAAAGGGAAGAGGAUCAGGAAUCAGAAACUCCAGACAACAAGAAAAUGAAACCUAGAACUCCACAUACAUUCCCCAAGAUGAAGCGACAAUCUAGUCCUUUCCGCAGAGUAAAAGCAGAGGAAAUAGAAGUGGAUGCACGGGUAGCAAACAAUUCAUUUGAUGCUAAGAAAGGAGCUGCAGGAGACUGGGGUGAAAAGGCAAAUGAAGUUCUGAAAUUUACCAAAGGCAAAUCCUUCCGACAUGAGAAGACAAAGAAGAAAAGGGGAAGCUACUGUGGUGGCAAUAUUUCUACAGAGAUAAACUCCAUCAAAUUUGAGAGUGAUUGAGUUUCAAUUUUGCCUACAGAAUUUUAGGCUACAACAGGCUAAGUGAUUAAACGGUGGCUAUCUCUUUUGCCAAGCACUGAUUUGCAUAGCCUCCUGUAUGGUUAACAUGUGAGGACAGCUGCCAGUUUAGUUAAUAGCAAAAUGUAACUUUUAGUGGAGAUGCAUGAUUGUUUCAUUGGAAUUUCCUAAACAUUUUUUUACUUAUGUACACCUUUAUUUUAAUUUUAAUUUUAGAUGGCAGAAUUUUAAUUCUUGCACUCCUGACAAAACAAGUGUAACCUCUGUUUUUGAUUUUUCCAACAAAUCUAGGAUUUGGUGUACAUUGGUAGUAACAUCCAGUCAAUGUUCCUCCUCUGUUCUAUCAGACACAUUGGGCAAAGAAUUAAAGCUUACUUGCUGUCUGAUGAAUGAACCAUUUUGUGCCCUUUGAUGCCAUUUGGGAUUCCUUAUUGAAUGCCUUUUUAAGUAGAGCAGUUACCAGCUGUCAGCGUUUGUUUUGUUUUUCCCACCUGAUCUUUUCUUCAUGUGGGCAUUCUUAAAACAUCCCUAUGUUCUCUAAGAGUUGGGCAACUUUGCCUGAAUCCAAAUAAGUCUCCUUCUUCAGAAAACUGGCCAUAGUCCUGAUAAUCACAUAUUGUUCCAAAUGAACUUGCAGAAUCCAUUCUACCACACAUCACACCUUAAACCAUAUGGCUCUUUUGUUUCAGUCACUUCAGAAAUCAGAAAGAUCCAAGAGUGAAGUAGCUGCAGAGUUCAUUGCCAUCCUUGUAUUUUUAUACUGGCAAUUAUGUGAUGCUGUCAGAAGGAAAUAACGGGACUACCACAAUGUUUCUGCAGACUACUGUGUUGUUUGCAGUGACUUCUGCUUUAUUUUGUUAGUAUACAGUUGCAUCUUGUGGAAACUGUUAGUCUGUCCGCUUUGCUUUUAAGAAAUGUGAGGACUUUUUUUUUCUCCAGACAACAUGGUUUUUUUUAAGACUUUACUGUGAGAAGUGUGCAUUGUCAGUAAGUAAUCCAAGCCAGUCUUACUGAAUUUGGGCCAGAAAAACUUAGUUGCCUCCUUAGCAUUCCUUUCUAGUCAGUGGGGCCUAGGUCCUAGGGGUUUGACAGUUUGCUAUGGGAAGGUAAGCAUGUGUAGAAAGGGAGAUAGUGUGGUGGCUGUAGUGUGGCCUUCCUCCCAUUCCCAAGGGAAGAAUUCAAAUGCUCACUUCUCCCACCUGAAGCAUAAAUUAGUACAAUAUGAGAAUCUUUUGAGGUUGCUGUUGCAGGCAUUUCAGCUGCUUCCACUCCCGUGAGUGGAAAGAUAAUUCAAAAUCCGUCCACAAUUGAUACAUAUGUCCAGCAGUUUGUAGGGGUUCAAAAAACAAGGUUAUGAAAUGCCCAGAUAGCUUAUUCUUUCCACAGGGUUCAAUCUCCUCUGUUUUGUAUUAAAGCUCCAUGAGAAUAGUACAAAGAAUUGUUCAAACUUUAGGUAUACUGGACAUUGUAUUUUAAUAAACAAGCAUCUCUACUAUAAUAAAAAUGUUUUGUAAAUGCUAAAAA